GGCGCGCCAUGGCGGAGCCCGCGCUGGGGGCAGCGCUGCCGCUGCGGGCGCGGUUGAGUUUCGCGGCCGGGCAUUUCCUGAACGAUCUGUGCGCGUCGCUCUGGUUCACGUACCUGCUGCUCUACCUGCACGCCGUGCUGGGUUACAGCCACGGGCUGGCCGGUGGGCUGCUGCUGGCCGGACAGGUGGCCGACGGGCUGUGCACGCCGCUGCUCGGCUACGAGGCUGACCGCUCGGCUGGCUGCGGGCGCUACGGGCGGAGGAAGUCGUGGCACCUGGCGGGUACCACCUGCGUCCUCAUCUCCUUCCCCUUCAUCUUCAACCCCUGCCUGGGCUGCAAGGAGGGCACUCCACAGUGGGCAGCCUUCAUCUACUACCUCCCCUUCAUCGUCAUCUUCCAGUUCGGCUGGGCAGCCACGCAGAUCUCCCACCUCUCCCUUAUCCCUGAGCUGGUGACCAGUGACCAUGAGAAGGUGGAACUGACAGCUUUCAGGUAUGCCUUCACCGUCAUGGCCAACAUCACUGUGUACGGCCUGGCCUGGUUGCUGCUGAACCUGCAGGUGGACCAGCCCGAGCGCACAGAGCACCUGGGCUUCCAGGAUGUCCCUGUGUUUCGGAACCUGUCCCUCAUUGUGGUGGGGCUGGGGGCUUUGUUCUCCCUCUUCUUCCACCUGGGCACCAAAGAGAAGCUGUACCCGCUGGGCUCUGUGCCGCAGCCCAAGGAGAGCACACCCCUGCUGCAGAAGGAGCCCACAAGGUCCCCACGCUCACUGCUGGUCUGGAAGGACUGGCUGCUGGAGCCCUCCUUCUACCAGGUGGCAGUGCUCUACAUGGCCACUCGGCUCAUCGUCAACCUGUCCCAGACCUACAUCGCCAUGUACCUGACCAACUCACUGCUGCUGCCCAAGAAAUACAUUGCCACCAUCCCACUGGUGAUGUACAUCAGUGGCUUCCUCUCCUCCUUCCUCAUGAAGCCUGUGAAUAAGUGGAUAGGUCGAAAUCUGACGUACUUUGUGGGCAUCCUGGUGAUCCUGGCCUUCGCCUCCUGGGUGUCCCUGAGCAGGGAGAUGGGAGCAGAGAUCUACGGGGUGGCCGUGCUGCUCGGGGCUGGCUCCGCUACCAUCCUGGUCACAUCCCUCUCCAUGACAGCUGACCUCAUUGGGACCAACACGCACAGCAGUGCAUUUGUCUACGGGGCCAUGAGCUUCACGGACAAGAUGGCCAAUGGCCUGGCUGUGAUGUUGAUCCAGAACCUGCACCCGUGCCCGACCGAACUCUGCUGCCCUGCCUGUGUCAGCUUCUAUCACUGGGUGAUGGUGUUGGUCACUGGGGGUAUCGCCAUGGCUGCCACUGUAUUUCUGUGCUGCAUCAUGAUCUGGCCCAUCCGUGUCCGCUUCCAUGGCCCUGGUUGCAGUGGGAGGCUGCAGGGUGACCCUCAUGAUGACAUUGCCCUGCAAGGACUGAACGAAGCGGGGAUCCAACACCACGAAACAGAGAGCGCAGAGGACAGGAGCCUGAGCAGCACGGUCAACUGAGCAGCGCCCUCAGCCACAGCGCUGCCCACACUGCUGAGCCCCACCUGGAGGGUCCCUGAGGAGGGGACGGCAGCAGGACGGGGCAGGGGGCUCGGCGGGCUCUGUCUCCUCACGCAGGCCUCGGCCCCCCGCGCUGUGGGGGCGCAACGCAGGCUGUCCCUGUGUGUUUGCACAAGUGUAACACUAAGAGGGCCGGGCUGCGGGCACGUUGCGGGACGGGGCGCCCGGCCCUCGGUUCUAACUCGCUUUUUAAGGUCAGUGUGUACACGUAGCACUUUGUUUUUUUUAAAGAAGGAACAAACACAACUCACCUCUGAACUGGAAUAAAUGCCAUUGUUGGCCAA